UGGAGGGGGGUAAUUUCAUUAUAUUAUCGAAAAACCUAACAAUCCUGAGCCACAUUUGAACAUUCUGUUACAAUAGGAGAAAAAGCUGAGUACUUUUGAAUGUAGAGGAAGGCUCUUUGUACAGGGAUACCUCGGACUUCGUUGAGCUUUCCUUCGUGUUUCUGCGAAGUCAAAAAAAAAACUGCGAAAAUGGCGAUGAUAUCGCAGCGGCCUCGGAGGACACGGGAAUUUACCGGUCCUUCUCCCCAUUCAGUGGCUAUCUUGGCUCGACCUCCAAACAGACGACCCGCUGAUUACCUAAUCAUGGAAAGAAGGAAAAAAGAGAAAUUUUUAGAAGACGCAGAAUCUCAGACACAUUAUCAGAAAUUAUGUGAUAUGAAAAAUGACUGGGAGAAGAUGACAGACAGGAAAAUUCAGGUCAACACAGUAAAACGACGAGUCAGGGAUUAUCUACAGGCGGAAGAAUUCACUGUAGAGGAUAGAAGGGAAAGGCUCAGGAAACUGUUAAGCAGUGAAGACGAGCAGUAUUUACGGGAAAUGGAAGCUAAAGAGGAGACAACUCUAGAGAGACAAGCAAAGAUGAGAGAAAGAGCCAAAUUUCUGAAAGAAAAACGAGAAGCAGAAAGAUUAGAACUAGUGCAAGAAAAAUUAGACAGACUUUUCAGGAAUCAGUGUGAGGAGCUGCGGUCAACGUUGUCUAAGCGUCAGCAGGACGAGGUGUGUGCAGAGCGUCUGGACCAGAUCCGCAUGAAGGAAGAGCAGGAACUGGAGAGGGCGGCUGAAGAAGCCAUGUUUGCUAAACUCUGGUAUGACGACAUAGCCAUGAAGGCUGCUCGAGAAGAGAAGGAGAUGCUGGAGAAACACGAGCGUGCUCGAGGCAGCCUGGAUGUCCUGCAGAAACAGAUGGCAGCACUGGCUCAGCAGAAAGCAGAUGCUAAAGCGCUCAAGUUAGAGGAGGCAGCUUUGUUGAAAGAACAGGCGAUGUUAAGGAAACUGGAGGAGCAGAAGCACCUGGAAGAGAAAGUGAGGCGCCAGGAGGAGACGCGAAACAUGUUAGACCACUCACUACAGCUAAAACUGAGGAAGAAGGCCAGAGAAGAACAGGAACAGCUCGCCUUUGACAUGAAGAUUCUCCAGCAGCUAUUGGAAGAGUCCCGCAACGAGGCAAUGGAACAGGCUCAGAGAAAGAAAGAGUUGAAGGAGGAGGAUCGUCGCUACCGAGAAUAUCUUAAGAAAUUAAUAGUUGAGGAAAAGGCGAAGGAGGCCGAGUUGGAUCGUCUGGUGAACGAAGAGGUAGAGCGGAUGUGGCAGAAGCGACUGGACCAGUGGGCUCUGGAGAGGAAGGCCCGCAAACAGCUGCUGGACCAGGUGCUACAAGUCCGCCAGGGACAGAUCCAGGAGAGAUUGAGACAGAACGAAAUCCGUCAGCAGGAGGCCGAGAGGGAGCGAGUGGCCAUCAACGAAAUGAUCGAAGAGAACAAACGCCUGGAUGCAGCGGAGCGACAGAAGCGACAACAACAGAACCACCUUCACCAGAGCGACCUUGAGAGCCAGAUCGCGUACCGGCGGGAACGGCGUGCCGAGGAGGCGGCCCGGGAGGAGGAGGAGUACCGUAUGGGCGUGGCGGCCGAGGCGGAGCUACAGUGGAAGAUCAAGGAAGCAAUGGACACAGCGGAGGUCGUGCGACAACAUCCCAUGAGGAAAGCGCUCCUCCAACAGAUGCAUCAUAUAUAGGAACUUCUCUUCCACAAAUCUACCAUCAUAUUUAUCUCAGCUCUCCCUUAAUGUAUUUUCAAACAUGCACCGUAAAUACGAAGUUUUUGUUUUCACAAAUUUUUUUUUCAAGCAAAGAUGAUCUACAAGAUCUUACAAGAUCUUACCCCGUUCCCCAUUUGUGGAUGAGAUAUAUUUGGGAAGUGGGAGGGUUAUGUUGUGUUAUACCCCCGUUAAAUAUAAAUUGUACGCGUGUCCAAUCAGGAGAAUGUGUAUGCAAACAUUGGGACACCCAAGUUUCUAUGUACAUUUUGUCCAGGACAACUUAACAUGACUGGAUGGAAUAAGGAUAUUCUCUGCUUUGAGAAAAUUUUCCGUGAUUUAACAGUAUUAUCAUGCAGAUUCAUGUAUAUGAGUAAAUAAAUACACAAACGGAGGGGCUUUUGUACAGAAACUAAUAAUAUUUUUUAAUUGUGUUAAAUAAACUAUUGAUUAUUGAUUGAUUAAUAAAUUUUGGCUAAGAUAGCUGUUGGAAAUGUGGUAUUAUACUGGGAAUAGCAGGUAAAUGGACAAACUUUUCGACAAAACCAUUCGUGUACGCUAUAGUAUUACACCCGAUAGAACGACAACCAUGUGUAUUCUGGAGGUAUAAGGAGGGUAGUCUUAUUUCGGAUAACUACACAAAGUGCUGAAACAUUUUAUUGUAAGUUUUGUUUUCAAAUUUAAGGAUGUAGUCAGAAACAGAUAAAAACAGCCUGGCCAAAUCAUAUGAAGCAAUCAUUAUCUAAGCCUUUUAUAAGUCUUCAGUCAUUGAUCAAAUGAGACUGUCUUGAAAUAGCUUUGGCUAUAAACAUUUUUAUCCUGUUGUUUCCAACUUUUUCACUGGCGAUAUUUGAACGGUACAGAAUACAAGCUAUAUCUGUGAUAUUGGUGUUAACUUCUUGUGAGUACGUGCAUUCGUCGUGUUUUUUUUGUGUAGCAAAUCGAGUAUUUUGAAGAAAUAUGCCUUCUGUGUCCAGACGUGUUGUGAAUGUUUCGAGUGCGUAUCGUUUUUGUGCCCGAUUGUCUCUCGUUGCCGCUAUUCUUCGAUACCGUUAAGAGAUACCUUAGUUUCGUAAUUUCAAAUGAUCUUUACAUUCUCAAAUGAAUUAAGCUAGACACGAAUUUGGGAACAACUGGUUAUGAGGUAGUCCUCAAGGUUGGAACUUUUAUUUUAUACAGAUCUUGAUGCUGUCGAUUUUGAUUGAGAUCGUUCUCAAAGUUAUGGGUUUUAGUUGAGAAAUAUUCUAGAAGGUAUCAUUUUUACUUAAAAAAUCCCCUAUCACUAUGAAGUCUUGGCUGAAAAUUCAUACUUUCACGCUGAAAAGCUCAUUUGAAUUUUGUUUACCUUUUGUUUUUGAUUUUGAAUGUUAUAACCGUAUCUUAUUUUUUUUUUAAUAUGAAAGUUAUUCUUCUCUAUAAGAAAGUAUGAUUGGCGAAUAAAAAACCUACUAUAUA